GAGGUGCUGAACGCCGGCGGCCCGUCCAUUUUUCUUGAAGGCAGCAAGGCUCUCCUCGACCUCCUUCCCGUUCCCUCUCCCCGCCUGAAACCCACCUACAACGGCCAUUCUAUUUGAGGGCAAGUGGACGAGGAGACCAGAGGAGCCAGGCGGGCGCCAUGUUUGAUAUGAUCAAGGGACGGCGCCCUUAAGAGCAGUCAGUGACAGCUGAAGCCAGGAUGUCGCCAUAUUUUCUAAAGGCACCUUCCGGGUCCCACAACCCGGGUAUCUAUGGCCAAGAAGUGAAUAAACACCGAGGGGGUUGGUUUGUCCCCAUCAGAAUCCCCGAAUCCCUAGUAGCCAGUCCCUGCUACUUCGGUUCCCUCGGCUGCGUUCGGACGCCAAGUCUGGGAGGGCCCGCAGCCUGGGGACCCCUUCCUGCAGACGACGAAAGCUGAGCCGAGGGCGGGGAGGCGGUUGCUCCGGGGACAAGGCGGCCUCUGCUCGGGGCUGGGAGGCCCCAUGGCGCCGCCCCCAGCCCCGCUCCCGGCGCUGACAGCGGGGGAGACCCGGCCUGGUUGCAAGAAGCCCGUGAGCUUCGCCGAGGUGGCCGUGUACUUCUCCCCAGAGGAGUGGGGGUGUCUGCGGCCCGCGCAGAGGGCUCUGUAUCGGGACGUGAUGCGUGAGACCUACGGCCACUUGGGCGCGCUCGGAUGCCCAGGCCCCAAACCAGCCCUCAUCUCUUGGAUGGAACAGGAGAGUGAGGCUUGGAGCCCCGCCGCCCAGGAUCCUGAGGAGGGGGAAAGCGUGGGAGGAGCUCUGAGAGGAGAUGCCCCAAACAAGAAGGAAGAGGCACCAGAAAAAGGACCAGGAGCCAAGGGACCCAGAAAGACUCCUGGGAAGGCGAGGCCUGGAGAGCUGAUAAAACGCAACCCUGACUCGGCCAUCGGCAAGGCGUCGGUAGGAGCGCAGCCACCCACGAAAGCUGCGUGGGUGCAGAGCACAGGUGCGCAGCCCCCGGUCCCAGUGCCUAGCGGUGACGCUCAGGCCAGCCAGCGGCGCCACGUGUGUACAGACUGCGGCCGCCGCUUCACCUACCCAUCGCUGCUGGUCAGCCACCGGCGCAUGCACUCAGGGGAGCGUCCCUUCCCCUGCCCCGAGUGUGGCAUGCGCUUCAAGAGGAAGUUUGCCGUGGAAGCGCACCAGUGGAUCCACCGGUCCUGCUCUGGGGGGCGGCGGGGGCGGAGGCCGGGCAUCCGGGCUGUGCCUCGCGCCCCUGUCCGAGGUGACCGGGACCCGCCAGUGCUCUUCCGGCACUACCCCGACAUCUUUGAGGAGUGCGGGCCGGCGCGGCCAUUUUGGCUGAGGGCAGGCGGCCCAGCGAUCCGGAUACCUGGGGUGGCGUCUUCUGGGCCAAACUGCUUCAGGGCCAAGAACGUGAGGCCGCGUUGCCGCCAUUGCUCAGGAAGGCGUCCUCCCGUCCUGAUUGUACCUCCAGCCACCAACUCAGCUUCUAGCCCCCGCGUGGGCCCUGGAGAGGCCUCUUCCUGCGCCCCGGCCUCCCGGCCGCGCCCCGACCCUCGAGCCCGCGGGGCAGACGUUCCCGAUCACGUGAAGCCUCGCGGACCCAGGGGCCCCUCUGGCUCGCCGCCGGGGCUGGCACUUCACAUGGCGCCGCCUCCGGCCCUGCUGCCCGCUCAGGAACCCUAUGGGGCCGCGCGCGAGGAGAGGAGACCCGCGCCCGUGAGCUUCGCGGACGUGGCCGUGUACUUCUCCCCGGAGGAGUGGGGGUGCCUGCGGCCCGCGCAGAGGGCUCUGUACCGGGACGUGAUGCGCGAGACCUACGGCCACCUGGGCGCGCUCGGAUUCCGAGGCACCAAGCCCGCCCUCAUCUCCUGGGUGGAGGAAGAGGCUGAACUGUGGGGUCCAGAUGCCCGAGAUCCGGAGAUGGGAGAGUGUCUGACAGAAGCAGACACAGAUUCCAGAAAUGAAGAAGAAAAAGGACAAAGAGGCGGGACCGAGGCACUGAGGAAGAAGCUUUCCGUGGACGCGCAACUUUCUGGGCUGAAGGCUGUCAGUCCCCCUUGGGCCGGAACCCCAUAUAGUUUGGAGCAGCUUCCCAAGGGGCCUCGCCGGGGGCGCCCCCCAUUCUGUGCCCAUCCCCCUGUCCCAAGGGCUGACCGGCGUCACGGCUGCUACAUGUGCGGGAAGAGUUUUGCGUGGCGCUCCACCCUGGUGGAGCACCUGUACACCCACACGGGCGAGAAGCCCUUCUGUUGCCCUGACUGUGGCAAGGGCUUCAGCCAGGCCUCGUCUCUGAGCAAGCACCGGGCUAUCCACCGUGGGGAGCGGCCCCACCGCUGCCUGGACUGUGGCCGGGCCUUCACGCAGCGCUCUGCCCUCACCACCCACCUCCGGGUCCACACGGGGGAGAAGCCCUACCGCUGUGCUGACUGUGGCCGCUGCUUCAGCCAGAGCUCAGCCCUCUACCAGCACCAGCGGGUCCACAGUGGCGAGACCCCCUUCCCCUGCCCGGACUGCGGCCGCGCCUUUGCCCAUGCCUCAGACCUGCGGCGCCACGUGCGCACCCACACAGGCGAAAAGCCCUACCCGUGCCCAGACUGCGGGCGCUGCUUCCGGCAGAGCUCUGAGAUGGUGGCGCACCGGCGGACUCACAGUGGGGAACGUCCCUAUCCCUGUCCUCAGUGUGGCAGGUGCUUCGGCCAGAAGUCAGCCAUGGCCAAGCACCAGUGGGUCCAUCGGCCUGGGGCCGGGGGGCGCAGGGGCCGGGGUCCCAGUGGGUUGCCUGUGCCCCUGGCCCCUGGCCAAGGGGACCUGGACCCACCGGUGGGCUUCCAGCACUACCCAGAGAUAUUCCAGGAGUGUGGGUGAAAAGACAAAGAGUGAAGAUCUAGACAUUGCCUGAGGCCCCACCUGGGCUUGGUCCUAAACCUCUGGUGGUUCCAGAAGGUCAGAGAAUUCCUAGCCAGCACUGGACCUGGGGGAUGAAAACCAUCUUAUGUUAGGCCCUCACCAGCUUGAUCUACUGGCAUCUUACUCCCUCCUGUCCCAGACUCCAGAAGCCUCCUUUGCUGAGUUAGGGUUCAGGUAAGCACCCCAGUAGAAGAAAAGGCCAUUUCUCGGCUUAGAGGUGCUGAGAGGAUGAUGGUAGAGGGGAACCCAUUGUUUUCUUACUGCAGCAGUUAAUAAUGGAUGGCCAUGUACUGAAUCAGGCUUACAGCUAUCUUUUAUUUUUAUUUUUUUGGCCUAGCCAGCAUUUUAAAAUGUUACAAAUGAUUGGUUAAGAUUUCACACAAAAGUCCAGGUUUCUGGUUUCUCUUGAACAAAAGUCCAAAGAUUUGACAACUUGACCUAAGCUCAGGGAGCUGGGGGUAGCUGCCCUUUUGGAUGGAGCCGGAGCCUCUGCUUUCCAGUUCAGCAUGCCCGCCCCUCCUUUUCAGCUCCUGACAAGCGUCAGCUGGCACUCAUCAGGGCUUGGCCGGGUCUCUGGCAAAGCAGGCUCUGUCCAUCUGGUAUUUUCCACUCAUUUACAUGACCCAUGGAGCACCUAUGGUCAUUACAAUUUUGCAAGCUCUGGUCUAUAGCAUUCAAGUUUUCCUGAAUGGGAUUCAGGAUACAUGAAAGGGUGGCAGGAGAAAAGUAAAAGCAAGCUUUCUUUUAGAUCUUGCUUGCAUCGCAUUUUAUGGCUCACAAAGCCCUGUGUUGUCCAUCCACUCACUUCAUCCUCAGAACUAACUGCCCAAGGAAGGGGGUGUUGUCAUGCAGGGUCUCUGGUCCCGCUCCCCACACAAGAACACAGGAUAUGGUGAGGCCAAAAAGGAACAUCCACAGAGCCAUAGAUGGGGGAGUCAUACCAGUAUAUUCUUGCUGGCAGCUGGGUUGGAGACACAGGAAGCAGGAGCCACACGAUCCGCUACUUGCCGUCUGCUUCUCUACCAACACACCUCACCUACUAACUGCAAUCUGCGCUUGCUAGCUCAGCCACGGCAGUUAUAUAAGUGGCCAAUGGCUAACUGGUUACAGCUGAUGGCCAACUAGUCACAGCUGAUGGCCAUCUACUACCCGAGCCAGCACCUUUCCACGUGAGGCCGAGAGCCUGGAAACUCUCAGGGACUCUGUCUCCACGAGCGUCUUGCUGGGAGAGGACACCCCAGUCAGGACUGAAUCCUUUGCCCCAAAGCAGUGGCAUGUUUGCCACACCAGAGAACCACUCUCAGCUGAUGGCAGUUCUUGGUUUUGAAGGUGAAGGCCCUGAGGCCACCCUCCAGUCCUUGUGCUUCCCUGGGAGGGAGAGCCCUGUCGCUCAGUCCUCAGCCACCCUAGAUCCAGCCUGGAAGAGAUCUGAGCUCUUCUUCCAUCCUUUUGCAGUUGGGGACGCUGAGACUGCGGAAGGCUGGGCAACCUGUCCAAGGCGACACAGAGAUGGCAGGGUUCUUGGUACACAGCUCUCUUCACCUCACUAUUCCCGAAUUUCUAACCAGUGUCUCGGCCAGGGUCCUGGAGGCCUCUGCCCACUCCCUCUGAGGGCACCCAGGCACUGAGUUGGACUGGGUACGGACCAGUUCAGAGUCAGUGAAGCCCAGGUACAAGAGUGAUGAAACGGCCACGUAGCAGACCAAGGCAAGGGAGAAACAAGCCUGAGAGCAGAGUUCAGGACAAACAAGCAAAGCUUGAUCUUCACUCUCUGGGUACCUACCAUCACCAGCCCACGGGAACUAGGCCAGGAAUGGUGGCUUAGUAGCCAGAGGGAACUGUAGUCAUCUAUUCUCUGCACAGAAUCUCCCUAGCACCUUGAGACUCCAUUAUCCAUCUGAUCCCUUUGUGGUCAGCCCCGCCCUGUCCAUGUGAUGGAAGCAGCCAGCCAUGGGCAGACAUGGUCCUGCCUCUGGUCCUCUGGUCAGGACAACCUUUACCUCGAGUGGCAACGGGUCGGUCUUCUGCUGGCCUGUGUGCACUGACCUCCUUUACCCAACGUAGCCCCAUGUCUUGAACUGACAUGAUUCCAAUCUUCAAACCUCAGCCCACCACGACCUUCCUUCCCCUAAGCUUUUCUGGGAGGAUUGGCUUGUGUGCCUCCUUGUCAUAAGUGGGACACGGUGUGAGAAGAGGCAUCUUGGCUGUGGCAGCGACCUCUGUACCAGCUUUUAAUUCCCCAGAGAAGCCAGUGUACAGAGAAGCUCCCCUAACCCUGAGCUCUGCCUGGGAAAAGCCCGGCUUGCAACACCAGUUCUCAGCUCAGCUGGACCCAAGCCUCAGCUUGCCAAUUAAAGGUGCCACACUUACUGCUU